UAAUGGAAUACAUCCGGCGGAAGUGUUACAUUCGGCAGAGUUAGCUGUGAGGUUUCAUGUGAAACCUGUCGCGCUGUGAGCUAAAUAUCGCAGCUUUUGUUGUUGUUGGUUCAUUUUACCAUCUGUGGGACUUAUUUCUCCAGGAACCGAACAUUAGCUUAAAGGCUUCAGGCCUUCCACGGCGUCAUGUCAGUGAUUACCUGGGAGGUCGAUGCAGAUCACGUCCUCAUCAGCAAGCAGAGGAGCUCACUUCUUGACCAAGAUAUUCCAAACUGUGUGCGAAUAAAAGAGGAACAGGAAGAACCAGAACCUGAGAGUGAGACAGAAGAACCAGAACCUGAAGUCAUCAAAGAAGAACAGAUUGAGCAGUGCAUCUUUCAGGAUGAAGAGCGGCUUAUGGUGAAGCAGGAGACCAGCACCUCUAUAAAACCUGCUGCUAAUGAGGAGACCUUCCACCGUGGACCAGAACCGCAGCAGAUAAAGGAGACAAAGCAGGAACCCGGAUCUGUCCAGAUUAAAGAGGAACAGCAGUUCUGUGACCUUCAGGAUGGAGAACAGCCUUACGUCUUUGAAUUUGGUGAUUCCAUCUCCAUGCAGGACAACGACAUGAAAAGUCCUGCAGAUGAGAAGCCUUUCUCUUGCCUGACGUGUGGGAGAGGUUUCAACAAACAGUACAACUUGACUGUCCACAUGAGAACUCAUACGGGCGAGAAGCCGUAUCCAUGUGAGCUGUGUGAUAAAUCCUUCCGCCGGAGUAAUGAUUUGGUCCGUCACAUCAGAACUCACACGGGUGAGACUCCGUAUUCUUGUCAGUUUUGUGGUAAAUCCUUUAAUGACAACAGUCACUUAACAAUUCACCUGAGAACCCACACAGGGGAGAAGCCCUAUUCCUGCGAAGUGUGUGGAAAAUCUUUGACCGACAGCAGUCAUCUGAUCAAACACAUGAGAACUCACACGGUUGAAAAGCCUUUUCCAUGCCUUACCUGUGGGAAAGGGUUCACAGCACAGUCGGACCUCACCAUCCACAUGCGAACCCACACAGGGGAGAAGCCCUUCACUUGUCUGGUCUGUGGUAAAGGUUUCAUCCAGAAAACCACACUUAGUUAUCACAUGAGAACACACACCGGCGAGAAGCCCUUUCCAUGUGAGCUGUGUGAUAAAUCCUUCAUUCAAAGCAGUGAUCUGUCUCGUCACCUUCGAACUCACACCGGGGAGAAGCCCUAUUCUUGUGAACUCUGUGAUAAAUCUUUCAGACAGAGUAGUGAUCUGGCGCGUCAUAUUAGAACCCACACAGGCGAGAAGCCGUUCUCCUGUGGAACGUGUGGAAAAGGUUUCACCAAGCAGAACAAUUUGACUGUUCACAUGAGAAUUCAUACAGGCGAGAAACCGUAUUCCUGUGAACACUGUGGUGAAUCAUUCACAGUCAAGUUCAGUCUGACCAGACACAAAUGUAAAAACAAUAACCAGGAAGUUUUCCAGCAGUAGAACAGUUCUUUAUGACUAGAGGCCAAAAUGGCUAAUGGUUGAAUGAGGACUCUAGGAAUUGACUGGAACUGGUUCCAACCUCUUGUUUCUCCUUGAAUAGUUCAGAUUAAAUCACUCGGAUUCCUAAUUUUGAAGCCCAGUCUGAAAACUGAAAGAACAGAAGAAGAAUCGAUCUGAUUGGCUGGGCAGCCAUCUGUUUCUGCAGCGGUAUUAAAGCGUGACUUAAAGGUAAUAAAAUGACCCGUUGGCUAUGUACAACACUGUAAUAUGAUUAUAUCAGGCUAAAGAAGGGGACCACCAUGAUGAAACACUUCAAGACCCAGGAUGAGAGCUUUUUUUGACCUGCUGCACCGUUUUUCAGUUCAAUUCUGUUUAUGUAUAUAGCGCCAUUCCACAACACGUCAUCUAAAGGCACUUUGCAGAAACAAUUCAACACGAUCAUACAGUGAAAUUGAUUCAAAAGUUUUUUACAUUGACUCGAAGGCAAUCCCUCACACCAGGAAGGCUUAUAGUUACAGUGGAGAGGAAAACUACCUUUUAACAGGAAGAAGCCUCCAGCAGAACCAGGCUCAAUGAGGAGGGGUCAUCUGCUGAGGCUGCCGGGUUCAAGAAGUCAGAAGCAGAGAUGGAUUGCCUUUGAGUCGAUGCAAUCAACUGGUUUUCCUUAGAUAAAAAAUCUUUUAAUCAAUUUGACUGUAUGGUCUGGUGAACUGUAAAGUGCCUUGAGAUGAUAUGUUGUGAAUUUGUGCAAUAUAAACUGAAUUGAAUUGAACUGAUAACUAAAAGAUCUGCCUCCCAUUCUACUUUUAGCAAUUCUAGGAACCACUAAUUAACCUGCAGAUCGAGAACAAAGUGCUCUGUUAGGAACAUAAGGGACAAUCAAAUCUCUGAUAUCAGAUAGAGCUUGAUUAUUUAGGGCUUUAUGUGAUAAGAAGUAUUUUGAAUUCUGUUCUGGAUUUAAUAGGAAGCCCAUGAAGAAAAGCUCAGAUAGGAGAAA